UCCUUUUCAUUUCUUUCUGCUUUCCAUCUCUUUCUCUUUCUCUCUCUUCCAAUGACAGCUCCAAACAUGGCGACGGUUACAGCCUCCUUGGAGAGAUCUCUCCAGAAAUGCUCCCUCAGCGACCCCACAUCUCCUCCCACACAAAACCAUCAUCAUUCAAUGGACGGCUCUGAUGCUUCUGAUGCCGAUGCUGCUGCUUUCACCACCUUAGAACUCAAUUCAGACAUCUCUCUUCCAUACCGAUGGGAGCAAUUCCUCGAUUUAAAGACGGGGGAGAUUUACUACAUAGAUUGGGGGAACGGUACGAAAUUGACGGAAGAUCCCAGGAAAGCAAGAAGAUUUGAAGGAGAUUUUUAUUCUGAAGAAGACAGUUCGGAUGAAAGUGACAAGAGCUCUUCUUCUUCGCGAGACGAUUAUCAUCGCUAUGAAGAUGAAGAUGAAGAUGAAGACAACCAUGUACUUGUUGUUGCAGGUUGCAAGAGCUGUCUGAUGUAUUUCAUGCUGCCGAAAACAGCAGAAGAAUGCCCCAAAUGCAAUGGCAUACUCCUGCAUUUCGAUCGGUCCGAAAACGGAUAUCUAUGAGAUUUUUUCUUACUUUUGUCAGUUGUUUGAUCUUAUUUUUGGAUUUUUGAGUGUGGCUUGAAGUGAAGCGAAUUGGGUUUUCUUGUUUU